AUGGGGAACACCGUGUCGGAUGAAAUCCUUUACAAGAAUCGCACUGGCGGCGGCGGCGGUGUGUCCUCUUCUUCACCCAGCGUCAUCUCAACGUGCGCGAGCGGCAGGAUCGACUCUCCCGAGUACAACGGCGGUUCCUCGUCCUUCCUGCAGGAGAUGGUUUUGUGGGCGAGGCAGAACCACCACCGGCUGCCGAAAGAGAGCGAUGUAGAGGGCGGGAUGGAGCUUGUGCCCUCUGUCACGUCCCUCCGUCAUCGCUUGAACGCCCUCAAAGACGUGCUUCGUACCUACGGGCGGACGGCACUUAUUCUGAGCGGCGGCGCCUCCAUGGGCACGUACCACACAGGCGUCGUUCGCGCCCUGUACGAGGCGGGUGUGCUUCCGGACAUCAUGUCUGGGAGCUCCGCGGGCUCCAUCAUCGCCGCCAUCAUCUGCACCAAAUCUUCAAAAGAUCUGAAGAAACUCAUUGAGGUGGACUUGCUUUCCACCGAAGUCCUCCGUCUCACACCGUUCGGCCAAGAUGCGUCCCUCGUGCAGAAAGUAAAGCGACUGUUCAAGACGGGCUUCCUCAUGGAUGUCCGCUCGUUGAUGGAGUGCAUCCGCGACCAGUGCGGUGACAUGACCUUCUUGGAGGCGUACAAACUUUCCGGACGCGUCCUCAACAUCACCGUCACGCGGGACAACCAGAAGGGAACCCUGUUCGACCGACACGUUCUUCUCAAUUAUCUCACGGCUCCUCAUGUGGUCAUUUGGAGCGCGGUCAGUGCAAGCAGCGCAUUGCCUGGUCUCUUCACCGCGGUCCAGCUGAUUGAGAAGGCGCCGAGCACCGGCUUCUUCCAGCCCUAUCUUCCGGGCGAGCUCUAUUGCGACGGCAGCGUCGCGCAGGACAUCCGCGCGACCGCCUUGCCCAGCUCUUCAACGUGA